GACCGCUGAGCGCCAUGGAGGGCAUGGACGUGGACCUGGACGCCGAGCUGAUGCAGAAGUUCAGCUGCCUGGGCACCACCGACAAGGACGUGCUGAUCGGCGAGUUCCAGCGGCUCCUCGGCUUCCAGCUCAGCCCCGCCGGCUGCGCCUUCUUCCUCGACAUGACCAACUGGAAUCUACAAGCCGCCAUUGGAGCCUACUAUGAUUUUGAGAGUCCCAAUAUCAACGUACCCUCCAUGUCCUUUGUUGAAGAUGUCACCAUAGGUGAAGGAGAGUCCAUCCCUCCCGAUACCCAGUUUACAAAAACAUGGAGGAUACAAAACACAGGGACAGAGGCGUGGCCCCCGGGGGUUUGUCUGAAGUAUGUCGGGGGAGACCAAUUUGGCCACGUAAACAUGGUGAUGGUCAGGUCCCUGGAGCCCCAGGAGAUCGCAGACGUCAGCGUUCAGAUGUGCAGCCCCAGCACAGCGGGAAUGUAUCAGGGACAGUGGCGAAUGUGCACUGCCACAGGACUCUAUUACGGAGAUGUCAUCUGGGUGAUCCUCAGCGUGGAAGUUGGAGGACUUCUAGGUGUAACACAGCAGCUGUCAUCCUUUGAAACAGAGUUCAACACGCAACCGCAUCGCAAGGUAGAAGGAAACUUUAACCCAUUCGCCUCUCCACAGAAGAACAGGCAACCAGAUGAAAACAACCUAAAAGACCCUGGGGGUUCCGAGCUAGGCACAAUCAGCAAAAACACAUGGGGGCCUGCUCCUGACCAAAUCGAACAAGAUCAGAAUGGACUGUCACAAAACUCUGUAAAUCUCUCCCCCAGCAGUCACUCGAACAACUUGUCGGUAGUGACAUACAGUAAGGGUUUCCACGGUCCUUAUCCCUUCGGACAGUCUUAAAAUACAAAAACACAAAACGGGUAUCGACAAGAGGAGAAUUUAACAAAGAACUGACUUUUGGGGGAAGGGAGGGGGAUUCAUGUGGCAGACAGACACAGCGUGGACCCCCCCUUCUCUGCCUCCGUGUUCUGGAUAAAGAAGAAAAAACAAAAGCCCAGUAAUUUAAGACUAGCUGUUUCCAGAGGAAAAUACAAAAUCUAAGUAUGCAUGUGUGAAUGCUGGAUUUCAGGAGUGUUGUUAAAUGCUAUGAGAAAGAAAAUAUACCAACACCAUGGGGUUUUUUUUUUAGAAAUCAUUCUCACACAUAAUUAGGUAGCUUAAAAAGAAGUUUAAAAAAUGAAAAAGCCAUCUUUAAAAAAGAUAUUUUGACUACAGAGCGGUUGUAGCUUGAGCAAAUGUUUAAUUUCUGUUUGUUUCUUGUUAAUAUUUUUUUUAAAUAAGGGACAGCGUGCAUUUUUAUGGAACUGUCAUGUUUUGCUUGCUACCGAAUGGAAAUUUGCUUAGCAUCUUCUGGGGUUUGUGCAGUGACUUCUUUUUGUCGGACAUUUUUUAAUGACAGGUUGGGUCUGCACCCAGCUCUGCA